UGCUCCUCUGACAGUGAAAGUAGAAACACAAUCAUAUAAAGAUUGGUGUGAUAAAGAAUAUUGAUACCCAUAGAAAAGCCCCACACUUUAACACUGCUCUGUCUCUCCUUAUCGUUCUUGCUGCUUUUUGGUAUCUUAGCCUCUCGAAAUUGAGCUGACCCACGAAGGCAUGUAUAAGAACCAAUUGCAAGAGUUAGCUCAGAGAAGUUGUUUUAAUUUGCCCUCUUACUCAUGUAUCCGGGAAGGUCCAGAUCAUGCCCCUCGAUUCAAAGCAACUGUCAACUUCAAUGGAGAAACUUUUGAAAGUCCUGCCUUUUGCACUACCCUUAGACAGGCAGAACAUGCUGCAGCAGAGGUUGCAUUAAACACACUUGCAAGAAGAGGACCUUCAAGAGCAUUGGCUGCAAGAGUAUUGGAUGAAACUGGAGUUUACAAGAACUUGCUUCAGGAGACUGCUCACAGAGCUGGUUUGAACCUUCCUGUUUAUACAACUGUUCGAUCUGGACCAGGUCACAUUCCUGUUUUUUCAUGUAAUGUUGAGCUAGGAGGAAUGAAUUUCGUUGGGGACCCAGCUAGGACAAAGAAACAAGCUCAGAAAAAUGCUGCUGUAGCUGCUUGGACAUCCCUGAAAAGACUGGCUCAACAUGAUUCAUCUUCUCCCUUAAUGGAGUCCCAAGGCAUUGGCGAACAGGAACGAGUCAUAAUAUCUCGUAUACUUGAACAUUUGCGUCCAUCUGAACCUAAGAACCCUCGAAAUGAUCGGAGACAUGGACAACAUGGAUACACUCCCAGCUGCAGCGAUUCUACUCUGCCAACACCAAGCCUAUAUCCAAUGCAAAUACAUAACUGGGCUUAUUCGAAUUAUUCCACUGAACUAGCCAUGUAUCAAUUAUGGCAGCAAGAGCAGUUACUACAACAACAGAACCGAUGGUUGGCAUUUCCUGUUUUACCAUCUGUUCCGUCCGUUCCUCAAAUCUAUCCAUUUAUGCAAUCCAUGCUUCACCCAGAUCAUUGUCUCUACUUUCCAUCAAGGCAAGAACAGUCAACCUCUCAUGGACCCAAAAUUACAAUCUCUACUUCAGCCUCAUCAUUCUGCUUCUCAAAUGAUAUGGUUCCUAACCCGAUCAGGGGCAAGUCCACAGUGACUAUUCAAGAGAUACAGGAAGAAAAAUCAGAAGAAUCACUGGAGUACUCUCCUUCUGUAAUGCCAUCUCCCUUUGGACUUGGAACCAGUACAACCGAACAAAGAAUCCAAGAACAAGUGCGGGAUGGCAAGCAAAAUCUUCUCGAGCUGGGAAGCAGAAUUGAAAACCUUAAGCUGGAAGGGAAACAGACUGGGCAAUCUCAAUGGGGUAACACAGGGACCAUGGAUUCUAGUUUCACGCCCAAUGAUUUUCGGUUACAAAAUCCUCCAAGAAUGAGUUCUCCUAGAGGCCUUAGACCACCAUCUGCUGCAGAUCAUGUACUGAUAAGAACUGAAAGACCCACUUCCUCACUGGGGUCUGGACUAUCUAGACCACAGAAUUUGCCAACCAGGUUCCCUGCUCCACCAAGAAUGAGAGCUGGAAUGCCUUCUUACUCAGCUACACCAUCACUUGAAAGAAUGGAAUUUGGCAGACCAAGACAUAGCUUCAUGGCACCAGCUGUUCGAAUUAGAACAGUUGUACCGGUUUGUUCAGCUCCACCAGCAAGAAGCAUGCAAAGUUCUAGUCAGGAGACGGUGAUACCUAACAUGCAGAAGAACGAUACUAGUCAACACAACAUGUCAAAACCAAGUUAAGAGCUUUAUUUUCUUCAUACAUGAACCAAGCAUAGAUAAUACAGAAAGCCCCUUUGAAUCUGAAUCAGGUUCUGGUGUGAGCAUAUAGGGGUCUUAAGAGAAGCAAUUGGUGCUUCUACAGAGUGAAUAGUUCAAUAAAUGAGUAGCUCUCUUAGGAGUUACCUGUAUAAAUUUGAUACUCAUCUGCUUAGCUUAAUCAGGGUCCAGAACAUCCAUUCUGAUCUCUUAUACAUAUAAUACCAAUUUUGAAGAGGUCUGAUCUGAGACGUGGUUA